AAUAUGAGGUAACUAUAUAUUGAUCUGGUAAUGUUAAUCAAAAGAUUACUGCAAUCGCAGACAGUCUGUUAGCUAUCAUAAAGGUGAUUAAAGUAGUAAUUUGUGCUGACAGUUGAUUUUAAAGUGCAAUUAUUAUAGUGGGAUUUGUAGUUAGAGUUCAGUUUGAAUUAAAAAAAAAUCGGUAUUUGAUGCUUAAAUGUAUUAUAUCCGUGUGUCAUACUUUUACAUAGGGUCAAUAAAAAAUGAAAAGAAAGGCAGAGACAUCGGACGUCAUUUUAAAGACGCAAACACUUACAGAUCAAGUGCAAACAGACCCCAGACCCCAGCCCACAGGCCCUACAUCACCACAGUACCCCAGAGCAGCUUCCUGCCUGAUGCUAGUAGUCAGACUUCACCAGAACCACCAACAGCAUUUGUGGGAUCUUUGUUUUUCCCGAACCUCAUCAUGGCCAGUGUAACUGUCAGCCCUCUUCCUGUCCUCUCGAACUCAAGCUUCUCCACAGCGACAUCCUCCAGAGCCUCAACGUCAUCCCAUCAGGCUGGAAUAACCAUCCUGGUCCUUGCCUUCCUCCUUGGCUUUCCUGGGAAUCUCUUUGUGGUGUGGUCGGUGCUCUGUCGCGUCCGGCAUCGCUCUGUUACAUGCCUCCUGGUCCUGAAUCUGGCUGUGGCGGACGCUCUGGUGCUCCUGAGUGCCCCGUUAUUCCUGCGUCUGCUGGCUGGAGGGCAGGGCUGGGAGUUCGGCUCGGGUAUGUGCAAAAGCGUGCACUACCUCUGCUGUGUCAACAUGUACGUUUCGAUUUAUCUGAUCUGCCUGAUGAGCCUGGACCGCUGGCUGGCCGUCAUCAGACCCUUCCUGUCUCAGAGGCUGAGGAAAAAGAGUACACUCUACAUCAUCAUGUUGGGGAUCUGGAUCAUGGCCUUCGUCAUGGCUUUACCCAUGCCCUUCUACAGAAGUAACAUGCAGCCCUACCUGCAUAAGAACGUUUCCAUUUAUCUCUGCAAUCCCUACCACUGGGACAGCAUGAACCAUGAAAUCUUCCAGUACCUGAUGGAGACGCUGCUGGGUUUCCUGAUCCCCUUCACCUUCAUCGUGUUGUGCUACGGCGCCGUCAUCUGUCGCCUGCGUGGCGCCAUGUUUCAUGGCAGGGUAAAGGGCAGCCUCCUCAUCUUCCUCAUCAUCAUGGCUUUCACCAUCUUCUGGCUGCCGUACCAUGUCAUCAACAUCUUACAGGUGAUUGGUCUGCUGGUCAGUGGUCCGGACCGCUCUCAUCUCUACAAAGUGGCUCUUUCGAUUCGUCCCAACGUCACUGCGUUUGCGUUUUUCAGCAGCAGCGUGAACCCUGUGCUAUACGUGUUUGCUGGCGGCCCGCACAUCCGCCGCGCCGGCCUCGGCUUCAUGGCCAGGCUGUUCGAAGGAACCAACUCGGACCGCUCGUCCAUCUCCGGACGACGAUCCACGAUCCACACGAGCAGCUCGAUGCUCGCGAGGAUGUCGGUGAGAGGCCCGGAUAGAAAGAAGAGCUGUGUAGUGGAGGAGCAAACAAUGGCGAUGAAGCCUAACUGUACAGAGGAGCUGAAGACUCUCACCAUGCCGUGAUUUUGCAGACACCCUUAACCAGAGUGACUUCCAUUUUAUUUCAAUUUACACAACUAAGGGCCCAGCUCAGGGGCCCAGCAGUGGCAACAUGAUGGACCUGGGAAUCGAACUCAUGACCAUCCGAUCAGUAAUCCAAAGUCUUAACCACUAUGCUACCACAUGCCACAGCUGAGCUUCAUUAAAAUGUCUCCCCUCCCCCACACACGCACUUCGAUAUGCUUUCUAUGCAGUAUAUGACUCAGGACUGUGACCUUCUGCUGCAGCUCCUCCGGGUGUUGGUAAGUUUGGCUUGUUUGUGGUGUCGUGUAACAGACGGGUAGAAAUUUUAUUUUGAUCUGAUAAAGUUGUCGUGGUUUCUUCAAACACACGUAUUUGCUUUUUUGUUUGUUUGUUUGUUUGUUUGGUUUGUUACCCGAAUCCUUCAUAUCAGGAGUGUAGGUGUGUUUACUACAGACAGGAAUUACAACCUGGAUUGAGAAAAGAGCAGAAAGCUCAACGGUGUUUAAUAAAAACAUCGACUGUACAGCAAAAUCGCUCUCGUUACCAUUUAAAAUGGUUUUACGCUUCAACACUCCAACACCGGACACGAUGCAUUUUUAUUCUGUAAACCUGCUCCUUAGGCUCCCAUUAAUUCUAAAUACGUUCAUAAAAAUAGAAAACAUUUCAGAGAUCAUUUCCAAAGUCAGAGUUUAGGAAAUUUCUACAAAAAUUCUGCAGAUGCGGUUGAAAUGAGGUUGUUCCUGUGGUUAUCCCCUCGUCCCAGAAUACUUUGCACACCACAUAGAUAAAUGUUUUUUUUUUUUAAAGAUAUUUUUUUAAUGUAUGAAGAAUAUAUUCCCAUAACGUGUAUUUAUGUUUUUUACGUGUUUCAUAUAUUUAAAAUUUCUUAUCUCUUUUUUUUUUUUUUUUGUUAUGGGAUGUAACUGAUGACUUGAUAAAUAAAUCGAGAUUAAUAAAAAAAAAAAAAAGGAUUUAAU